AUGAAAAAUAACAUAUCAGUAACAGAGUUCAUUCUUUUGGGAUUAACAGAAGACCCAAAAUGGCAGGUUGUACUUUUUAUAUUUCUUCUUCUUACCUACCUGCUAAGCAUGACUGGGAACCUCAUCAUUAUCACCCUGACCUUCUCAGAUUCUCACCUACGGACCCCCAUGUAUUUCUUCCUUUGUAACUUCUCUUUGCUAGAAAUAUCAUUCACUUCUGUCUGCAUUCCCAGAUUCCUUGUUACUAUUGUGACAGGGGACAGAACCAUUUCUUACAGUGGCUGUGUGGCUCAGCUAUUUUUUUUCAUUUUCCUGGGGGUGACAGAGUUUUACCUCCUAGCCGCCAUGUCCUACGACCGCUACGUGGCCAUCUGCAAACCACUGCAUUACACGACCAUCAUGAGCAACAGGGUCUGUACUCUGCUUGUCUUUAGCUCUUGGCUGGCAGGAUUCCUGAUCAUCUUCCCACCAAUAGUCCUGCUGCUGCAGUUGGAUUUCUGUGCCUCCAAUAUAAUUGAUCAUUUUAUCUGUGACUCUUCUCCAAUUCUGCAGCUUUCUUGCACAAACACGAGCUUUCUAGAACUCAUGGCAUUUUUUUUAGCUGUGGUGACACUCAUGGUCACCUUGACACUGAUCAUCUUCUCCUAUGCAUAUAUCGUUCAGACCUUUCUGAGAAUUCCUUCCACCAGUCAAAGGAAAAAGGCCUUUUCCACAUGUUCCUCCCACAUGAUGGUCGUCUCCCUCUCUUACGGCAGCUGCAUCUUCAUGUACAUUAAACCUUCUGCAAGGGAAAGAGUGUCUUUAAGUAAGGGAGUAGCUGUGCUCAAUACCUCAGUGGCCCCGCUUUUGAAUCCCUUCAUAUAUGCACUAAGGAAUCAGCAAGUAAAGCAAGCCUUCAAGAACAUGGUGCAGAGAGCAGUCUUUUCUUCAAAACAAUGA